UACAAGAUACGAGCCUUGAUUGUGUUUUCAUUCUCUUGAUUCAUAAAAUUUCCUUAUUUGCUUAGCAAUUAAAAUUUUACCGUUAGGAUUCUCCAAUACAAAUACUCUUCUUACAUCAAAUUUUGUACAAGAUUCUCUAAAAGCAAAAAUAUAGAAAAAGAAGAAGAAAUCUUUGUGUUUGGAUUUGUUUUCUUUUUUGAGAGGAUUUGAUUUGAUAUCAUGACUUCUGGUAGGUGUGCAGCUUGCAGGAGCCAGAGAAGAAGGUGCCCUUCAGAUUGCAUUUUCUCUCCAUAUUUCCCUCCCCAAUAUCCUGAAAGAUUUGCUUGUGUCCAUAGAAUAUAUGGUUGCAGCAAUGUUGGAAAAAUGCUUCAGGAAAUACCGCACUAUCUACGAGGACAAGCCGCAAAUACUUUGUAUUUUGAAGCAAAAUGUAGGAUUGAAGACCCUGUUUAUGGGUGUGUGGGAAUUCUCUCUAAAUUGUUUCAACAAAUCCACGAUGCAGAAAUUGAGCUAGCCAAAAUCCAAACUCAGAUUGCUGAUUACAAACUCCGAAACAAUGAGGUUGGAGCUGCUGAACCAAACUUGAACAGCAUGGGACAGUUUCCUUGGUUGAAUUAAAACCUUGUUUUGCAAUAGAUACAGAGCAAUCGCUUGGUCUUAUACUUCGAUGCUACAUUCAUAUUCAGAAACUCAAUUGCUUUGGAAUUUUUUGUUGCUAUUUUGGGCAAACUUUGAAAAAUGUUUGAAAGAGAGUUCAAUGACUGAUUCUUGUAGUACGGAAUAAUGUGAUGAAAAUAAUGUUGAACGUUUGUUAGCGCAUAAUAGGAUGCACGUUUGUAA